AUGGCUGACGUCCAACCACAACAGAAGCAAGAAGAGCCACUUGAUUUGAUCAGGUACCAGUUGGAUGAGACUGUGUUGGUCAAGUUAAGAGGAGCUAGAGAAAUGAAGGGUAAAUUGCAAGGAUACGAUUCCCAUUGCAAUAUGGUGUUGAGUGAUGCCACCGAGUAUAUCUAUGCGGAAAACCAAGAUAAACCUCAGGGGAAGUCCACCGACAUGGUGUUCAUCAGAGGAGACUCGGUGAUAUUGAUUAGCCCCGUGGCCGAGUAA